AUGAUACUCAAAUCAAUUUAAAAAGCAUAAAACCAGAACAAAUUAGGAUACUAGGCGAAAUUAAUAUAACUAAUAUUUCUUAUUUUAAUUGUCUUUUAAUGUUACGGCAUUACUAUUUAUUAUGAAAAGAAGUGAUUAAAUAAUAUAUUAAAGGUGUUCAAACAGCAUCAUCAAUUUUUUCCUAAAAAUUAAGACAAAACCAUUGAUAACAUUACUAAUAUUCACAAAAGAUUUCAACAUCAUUACCAACACAGAAUAGCAAUGA